GUCAUUGACUCGGUCGUGCUUUGGGUCGACGUCGACGUCGGCGUCGCGUCGUUUCGCGGCCGGUCACCUCGCCAGUCUUUGCCGAGACGCCGCGCGGUUCGUAUCCGUGUUUCUUUCGAUCCUUCUCUUGGUUUCUCAUUCACAAGACGCGACGCAACGCGAGGAGCUGGUUCUGCGAUUCGGCGUUGUCGAUGUACGACGUGGAUAGCAACACGAUCGCUAAAGAAGAAAGAGAAACCGAGCAAAGAGACAGGAAGAAUUGGCAAAAGGACAAAAAGUAGUAACCGAGUGCACGAGAGUCGUGACUGCAACACGGAACGUUGCGGUGAAUGUCGAGUGAAUGGUGACGAGAUCUUGUAGGCUGACAAGGGGAGGGCCAAACGUGUACUUACGCGAAAACCAGUUGCGUUGAGAAGGUCAGUUACUGGCUCGAUGCGGAGAAACGCUCGAUAGAAGCGAUAGUUCUCACUGUGGCCGUCCAGAAUAUGCAAGCAGGUAGUGCGUUUUGCUUUGGAAAACAUACGUUUCCUUAAAUACGCAUCCUUUUUCGAAUCGUACGAAUCUCGUUUGAAGCGUCAAAGGCCAAGGUUGCCGGUUUCGCGUAGGUUUUAGUCGACGAACAGAGACGGAAAGAGAGAGCGAGAAAGGAAGGAAGCGAGUAUCUAGCACGUGGGCGAGCACGGAAGAGUAACCGGCCUCUGCGCGUCGUCGUUGACACAAAGAGUAGAGAGAAAGUGGGAAAGGAUACCGAAGGUGUCGUUACGCUGAGAGCACUGUUGCCGGAGGGUAAUGCGCUUGGUGAGCGGAAGUGAGAAGCUCCGGGCGGCCUUUUCUUUCUUCGGCCCUUGGUCCUGUUCCGCCGGCUGUUUCCACUCGUUCUCCAACAAGUCAACCACUGCUUGGAAGCAGAGGGGAAGAAUACAGUUCGGGGCGUCCUUCUGCAUCUCGGAGGAGGAGGCGUCAAAGGCGUGGAAGAGCGAGCAGGGCAGAGAAACAGCAACAACAGCCAGCAGGGAGCGCCUCGUCCAGUACGGCGCUCUUCUAACGGCGACAGGAGGGAGUUAUGGUGUCUCGUACAUGCGAUGACUGUGGCUGCAGCCGUGGUACUGUGGCAUCGUGCCCACCUUUACAAGGCGAUCGUCUGCGUCGUCCUCGCUCUUAUUGCCAUUCAGUAUUUACUUAGUGGCGUGAUCGAUCGUCGCUCCAUAGAGACGAUUUUCACCAUUAACGCUACCAGGUACGCGGAUCGUACGUACAGGCAUCAUCCACGAGGGCUGAUCAUAUACGGGCCUGUGACGGUAUCGAGUAUAUUUGGUAACAAUAAUGCCACCUCGGCGACCUUGUAUUGGGGCGGCAGAGAUAAUUCCAGCUUCUCGAAACUGGAAACUGACUUCUCCACUCGAGAUACGUACAUCGUUGGAAGUUCGCAGGAAUCUUUGACCGCAAACUCGACAAACAGUACCGUGGUACCGCGAUGUCCGCUUAUUCCACCGAAUCUUGUGGGCCCAUUGACCGUUAUCAAGUCUCCUCCGGAGUUGGCAGAGAUGGAAAAGACGUUCACCGAGGUGAAGCCAGGAGGCAAAGGUUGUCCAACGAAUUGUACAGCCAGACAUCGGGUAGCCAUUAUCAUUCCGUUUCGCGAUCGACUGAAACAUCUUCAAGCGUUGCUUUACAAUCUUCACCCGAUGCUGCUUCGCCAACAGAUCGACUAUCAAAUAUUCGUGAUCGAACAGAAAGGUAGCGACGCCUUCAAUCGCGCGAUGCUCAUGAACGUAGGAUACGUGGAAGCCUUGAAGGAACGACCUUUCGACUGUUUCAUUUUUCACGAUGUCGACCUACUUCCCGAAGACGAUAGAAAUCUGUACACGUGCCCGGAACAACCGAGGCACAUGUCCGUUGCAGUGGACAAGUUCAAAUACAGGCUACCAUAUGCCGAUUUAUUCGGCGGCGUGUCGGCGAUGUCAUGCGAGCAAUUUCAUCUGGUAAACGGUUUCAGCAACGUGUUCUGGGGUUGGGGCGGCGAGGACGACGACAUGGCGAAUCGAAUCAAAGCGCACGGUCUUCAUAUCUCCCGAUAUCCAGCGAACGUGGCACGGUAUAAGAUGCUUACGCACAAGAAGGAGAAGGCUAAUCCGAAAAGAUACGAGUAUCUAAAGACGGGCAAGAAAAGAUUCUCCACAGACGGACUGAGCAAUCUUCAAUACGAGCUGGUCGACAAACAGAAGCCAAAGUUGUACACGUGGCUUCUGAUAAAGCUGACGCCUCCGCAACCUAGCUGAUGGCUGUCUUGGAUCGGAUAGCGACCCGAUCUGCUCGAGAUCGCUUAAAGGGAAUAUUCUUUCGAUCCAAACGCGAAAUGUCGCGGAGUAGGAAACAAAUUACGUUCCGACGACGUGUCGCGUUCUCAACGUAGCAAGGUAAAUCUCUUAAAAAACGAAAGACGGAAAAGAAAAAAGGAAAAGAGGCGAAGACACUUUUUUAUUGGGUUCGAGAAACAUGGAAUAUCGAAAGAAGCCAGUGUUUCAGCCGCUUUAGGAUACCAACGUGUUGGACGAGUUGUUUCUCCCGUGAUUUUGUCGUCAACGGCGAAUGGGAGAAACGUUGUUACGUGAUAUAUUUUUAUUCCUCGUAUUUUUUUAUCGCAACGAUAGAUUAAAGACCACGUAGAAUGUAGCGUACGAGCUAACGUGCCAAAGGAGAGUGAGAAUAUAUGUAUGCGUGUGUGUAUGCAAGUGUGUACGCGCUACCAAGAGUACGCGAGAAGGAAAGCGAGAAAACCGCGUAAAGAGAAACAGGAGUGGCAGCUGUGCCAUCCUUUCCGGAUCCCGCUACUAUAGUUAUAUAGUACACAUAUGUGUAUAUGUACACUUUACACGUAUGUAUCGGUCUAUAUGCGUACGCGAGUACAUACGUACGAACCAUAGAAAGCUCGAGGCUUCUUCGACGGCAGGCCGAGUUUCCGGUUGUCCGUCGUGUAUCCAGGACAGCUUUGUAAACGACCUUUCAGCCAGUGUCGUAGGUGGCUUCCUUCGAGUUACAUACCUACCGCGAACACCUUCCCGCUAGUUUCUCCAUUCGAUAGGACAAACAGAUCCUUUCCUUUGUUUUCGACAACCCGACGCAAUUUCGUUUUAAUCGUGCCUUGCGACUUCCUGCGUUACGCAUCUAUUGCAUAUUGCAAACUCGAAUUUUCUCACAAGUUUUGUUUUUUACUAGAAAUCCAAGAAUUUCGGUACGAUGGAAAUAAAGUCUGUGUUAUCGUCUUUACGAUUCGUACGGCUUCAUUAAGGUACUAACGAACGAUUGAUUUUCAGUGAUCGUUCGGUGUCACAGCUUACGCGAUUUCCAAAGAAAUAAUAAAAUAGAAAAGAUUGUCAGAACACUUGGAUAUUUACGUUUUCGAUCGUUUGAAGGUAAAAAGAAGUGACGUAAACAACGGUCUCUAGCACGAAACACGGACAAAGCAUAUUUUUCUAAGAUUCAUGCGGAGCUGCGAGAUUUCAUUAUUACGUUACGCUGGUUAAUUGUGUCGCGAAAGGUUUAUUUCCGCGUUAGGGGCUUGUGUAAUCGUGUAGACGAACGUGCAACGGAAACGGUACUUAAGCGUAUAACGUGAACUAAUGUCGGAACCCCGCGUAUUCGAGAGCACUCGUCGUUUAUACACGUUUCCUCGAAACAUGUUAAAAACCGUACACGCGUUUACAUAUACACGAUACACGCAUAAACACACAUUUGCUACGAUACCGCCAAGGCGAUUCGCGCGCGCUGCUUGAAAACACGCGAUCGCGUAUGACGGACGAAGGAAGCGGUAGAAAAAAUUUGAUGAAAGAAUUCCAGUAAAUUUUCGUUCACCUGGAACGAAACUGGGACGUCGCGGUUGCGUUUUUUAAACGGAGCGUGCGGAAUAAAUGCGCGGGCGAAGAAAUCAGAA